AUGUCCGAAGCCCAAGUCGAACAAGAACCCGAAAACUCAUCAGAAUUGGGACCACAAAGAACUGAACAGUCGAUUCAUCAUGAUCAACAACAUACUAGUAAGUCAGACCAGACUUUUGUUUUUGCUUUUGUUUUUAGUACGAGAUAUCACUGAAGAUAAAAGCAGUAUGUCUAUUUUAAUAAAGCCAGCGACUAAACUGACUGAUUUCAGCUGAAAUUGUCGAAGGAGAAGAGGGCCAUCUCCUUGAGUUGACAGACAAUGAUACGGUAGGCCAUACUAUGUCUUAUUCAUGAAUAAAAUUUCAAUUUUUAGCUUGCUGAUGAUGAGAUGUACGAAGAGAUUGUUGGAGAGGUGGCACAAGGCGAGAACGGAGAAUUCUACUUGGUAACCGACAACAAUGCGCCCGAUGUUGAUAUCGAAGGAGUCAGCAAAAUUCAAGUGGUUGUGAAUGAGAAUGGAACCGAAACCGUCAUCUUCCAAAACGACGGAGCCGCCGAAGUGCAGCCAGACGCUCAGAAGAUGAAUAACGAUCCGUAUGAAAAUGAUUUCGAUAUGGUUGAAGAGCAUCCGGAUAUGUACAUGAUGAAUCAAAUGGACAGUUAUAAUAAGGGAAGGAGGAAUCGGGUUUAUGGACAGGCAAGAUGCCCCGAAUGUGGCCAGACGUUUAUUAAUACAGCCAGAUUGGAGAGACAUUUGAGUGUUCAUCAGGUGAGAGGAAAAUUUGAUGAUGGAGAAUAUAAAAAUUUUGAUAUUUUGGUGUAAAAGGGUUUAAAAUCUCCUCUGUGGGGUCUAAAAUCAUCAAGGCUACUAUUUGAGCCAUAAAAAACUGCUUUCUUUUACUUUUUUAUGUUAUACUUGACACCAGAUGACUAAAAUUUUUAUUUUUUUUGCCAGUUUAGCCCCAUUUCUUAAUGAUUUUUAAUUUCUUUCAGAUUUUCGGCGCCUUCCUCUGUCAACUCUGCGGAAAGACCUACAAAUACGAGUACAAUCUGUUCUACCAUUGGCGCAAAACUUGCCGAGAUCUCCUCGAACUUCUUCCCGACGAAACCCGCAAAAGUAUGGACGUAAAUACCCUGAGGGAAGUUGUCGAAAAUGUCGCAUCUAAAAAGGCUGAUGUUGGCUCAAUAGAAUUUGGAAUAUCCAGUCAGCCGUUGCUUCGAAAUUUGGGUCUAAACCCUCCAAUGGAAGCCCGAGCUCAUAUGUAUGGGAAAAGAGGGGUGAUGUGCAAAGGAUGCGGGGUUACGGUGUUGGCCGCACAUUUGCCAAGGCAUUUUGCCGCUCAUAGAGGUCAAGUCGAUGUGGAGGAGCCAUCGGUAAGCUUUUUUGAGACAAAACUUUUUGAUUGAUAUCAAGUGUGAUAUAAUUUUUGAUGAAAACUCCUGAUUUUGAUACUGUUUCAGGUCGGAGGAGGCCAUUUCUGUGAUCUGUGUGGUCUAAUCUUCCGUCAUCGCGACAAUUUGUUCAAACAUUGGCGUGCCAAUUGCCCGGAAAUCCAGGCGAAUCUUCCGGACGACAACGACAUCCAAAUGGACGAUCAAGAUCUCAAGGCAAUGGUCGUGGAUAUCCUCAAGAAAUUCUUCGUUCACGGCGCAGAUCAGGCCCAAUCCAAUGAUUUGCAUCUGGAUCCACCGCCGAUUCAGAAAACCGAAGAUCGAGCGAGGGUUUUGGACAGCCUAACAGCUGAUUUGAAUGUGGAUUUGAGUGGGAACCCGUUGACGGAGGAGGCGGAAAUCUUGGAGGAGGAGGAAAAUCAGGACUCCAAGAGUAAUUUGUUCGAUCAGAAGUGGAUUGAGGAUCAUGUGAGUUGAGGUUGGGGGUUCGGAAAUGUCAUGGGUAAUAUAAAUUUUUGCGAAAAAUAGUGUAAUGCUUGAUUAUUUAAACGCGCAGAGUUAAAUGAAGCGUAUUUUAACAGCUAGGGUUGUCUUUUUUUAUUAAAUUUAACGGAUUUUUAACCUCAAAUUAUAAAAUUUUUGUCAUGGGUAAUAUAAAUUUUUUGUUGGUAUUGCAAAAUCUAUGCGUCAGUUCUAGCUCCCCGUUUCGUAUUUUACAAACAAUAUUUAUGCUGUUUUAUUUUUUGAUAUGUUUUUUUAUCUGACAUACAAAAAAAAUUUUUUUUUGAUCCAAGUACAACAUAAAUUUUUAGGGAAUUGUCUUCGCCGAUGACCUCAACGACACCCAAAUGCGUUCUCAACGCCUUUUCAGCUCUCUAACCCAACCGAAAUGGUCGAUUAACGGAGAUAUGGUCCAAUGUCCGGAGUGUUUCAAGUAAAUUUUUUGGAUUUUUGGCCAAUUUGGAUGAGAUUUUUUGUAAAAGUCGAUAAUUUUUAGAACAUUUAUGAAUAUCGGCCGCUUGGAGCGUCACAUGGCCGGCUAUCACGCCUCGAACGGCAGUCAUCACUGUGUUUUGUGCGGGAAUCGCUUCAAAUACGACUACAAUUUACUGUAUCAUUACCGUCGAAGCUGCGGUUACACGAAGGCGUUCAUCGACCGCGAUGUCAGAGAGCAAAUUGACUCGACCUCGCUGCGGAAAUUGGUUCGAAAUCUGGCCCAACGACAGCCAAUGUUGCCGCCGGCGGUCAGCGAACAGAACACUCAGCUGCAGACGGACUCGUUGAUCCACAAGGAAAUGCUGGCUGGAUUGAUGGUCAACUCCGAGAAUGUGGAGAACCAGGAACCCGAUGGGAGUGGAGCGAAACCACCGGUCACAAGAAUUGCACCGCAUAAUUUCCAACCCCAACGAACCGGAUUACCUCAUGGAUAUAAGUAAGCCAUGGAUAAGAUUGGUGUGUGGCGGGGUGGAAUUUGCAUUUAGUAGACGGAAAAUGAUGGAGAUUUAUUGUGUAGGGUCUGGAGAGUAUUUUGAGGUCGUUUUUAUGGCAUUUGGAGGAAAUUUUUAUAUUGUAGUAGGUAAAAUUUUGAAACUUGAAAGGGUUAUAUCUUGGUGGGGUUUGCAAAUUUUGGUGUGAGAUUUUCUGAAUGGUAUUAGAAGAGUGUGUUGUUUAUUUCCUGAAAAUUUUAGAAAAAAUUAUUAGCAUUUUUAUGUUACACUUGAUGACUUAGGUGGUCAUGUACAACAUAAUUAAAAAUUUUUUUUUGAUUUCUUGAUCAUUUGGCUCUUUUUUUAUUUGACAUAAAUGAUAAUGCGAUUAUUUUUCAGAUGUCCCCACUGUCAAGUUGUUUUCUAUGGCCGCACCGCCAUCUCCCUUCACAUGAGGAUGCGUCACAACGAAGAAUUCGUCGAUAAGGACGCCGCAGAAGCCGAAAAUCAAAAUGAUCUCAAUAAGGACGAAGACAGCGACCGUCCCGGUCUCCGUCGCUCGGCUCGUCGGCCAGCGCAACGAGCCAAACCUGAAGAAAUCGUCGAGGAAGUGAUCUCUGACCCAACUCCCCCAACCCAACCGGAACAACCCCCUCAAUUGGAGCCGGAACCCGAAUCAGAACCUCCCCCAGUCCCUGCAGUGCCUGGCAGAGUCCUGGAUGGGCAAGGAAAUGACAUCACGAAGACUGAAAUGGUCCAGGAAAUGAUCGCCUCCGGGCAGUUGCAUGUUAAUGAUGGAGAAGAUGUAAUUCUGGUCAUGGAAGAGGAGGGGCAGAACAUUGAUUAUUAUGAGAGGGUAAGAAAUAGUCUAGAAACAAAUUUUAUAUCGUAUUUUUUGUUUUUAAUAGUAAUUUUUAUAUUAUUUUAUAUUACAGUAUGAAGAAAUGGGCCCCUCAACUUCUCAAUCCCUCCCUGUCCAACAGUAUCCAACCAGCUCUCGAGUAACUCGAUCCUCCAGAAGAUAUCAACAGUACGAUCAUGAAGAAGUCGUCUCUCAAGAGGGUCAGGAAUAUCACCACUCUGUUCAUGUUACUCAAGAAGAUCAACAACAGGCCGGAUAUGAGAUUAGAACAAUGCAGGUGGAAGAAGAGGAAGAGGAAUGGCAUUCUCCAUCGAUCCUCGGAAGAAGAGGGGAAUCUGGAGGUAGAAAGAGAAAGGGUAAGGAGAUGAUUUUGGGAAGUUGGGGCAAGUGUAAUAUAAUUUUUGUCUCAGAUUGUGGUGUAAACUAUUUUAAAGGGGUUGUUUUCUCUAGGUAAGGUAGAAUUGACUUAAAUAUGGAGUUUUUUUGGUAUCUGUUGGUCAAGUGUAAUAUAAUUUUUGUCUCAGAUUGUGAUGUAAACUAAUUUAGAGGUUGUAUUUAGCCUAGGUAAGGUAGAAUUGGCUUAAAAUAUGGAAUUUUUUGGUAUCUGUUGGUCAAGUGUAAUAUAAUUUUUUUCUGGAAAUUCUUUAAAAUGCUUCUGGUGGUUGCUAGUAUUUUUUCUGAGUUGUAGUAAGACAUAUUGCGAGACGAUUUUUUGAUUUGGUUAGUUUUUGACAUUCUUUUAUCUACUACAAUAUAAUAUUGAUCAUCCAUUUUUAUUUUUUUUUCAGCCGUUCAAUCCGCCUCGCCUUCCAAACAACAGCGUCUUGAUCCCGCCGCAUACAGCCCCUCCGAAUCACCCCGCCGGAGCCUUCGCCAGCGCACAGUCAGCCGUUCCAAACUGCCGGGCGAAUAA